GCGAUUUAGUGCAUUGUACUGGAAAGAAGUAACACUUUGUUUUAACACGAAAUACGAGAUUUCUAUACCAUGAAGGAACCAGAAGUAGACCCCAAAAAUAUUAUAAAAAGCAGGGAGCUUCUUUACAGGCUUAUGAUCAGCCAAUUGUUCUACGAUGGACACCAGACGUUGGCUGUACAGCUGUCAAAUGUAAUUCAAGCAGAGCCACCAUGCCCUCCGUCCGACCGUUUGCUUCAUUUAAUGUUAAUCGGACUGGCACACGAACCAGACCGUUCUAAAAAGGAUACUAGUAAUUUAUCCUCUUUCACGUCGACCUUUGAUAACACUUUGGGACCUGGCUUGGACUUAGAAUUUGAGACUGAGGCUCAAACUCAAGCACCAGAACCAGCGCAGUAUGAGACUGCCUAUGUGACUUCGCAUAAAGGAAAUUGCAGAGCUGGGGCAUUCUCUGCAGAUGGUCAAUUGAUUGCCACUGGAUCUGUUGAUGCGUCGAUUAAAAUCUUAGACGUAGACAGAAUGCUAGCCAAAUCUGCGCCAGAUGAAAUGGCACCUGGUGAUCAAACAGGUGGUCAUCCAGUUAUAAGAACAUUGUACGAUCACUUGGAGGAAGUGACGUGCCUGGAGUUUCAUCCAAGAGAACCUAUCCUUGUAUCCGGAAGCAGAGACUUUUCUAUUAAGCUGUUUGAUUUCAGUAAGGCCAGCGUUAAAAAGGCAUUCAGAACUAUUACGGAUGCAGAUCAAAUACGAUGUUUAUCUUUCCAUCCAACUGGUGACUUUUUGGUUGUUGGAACCAAUCAUCCGGUAGUUAGACUAUAUGACGUAAAUACGGCGCAGUGUUUUGUCUGUAGCAUACCAAGUCAUCAACACACAGCUGGAAUAACUAGUAUUAAAUAUUCUCCCGAUGCGAAGACUUACGCAUCAGCUGGUAAAGAUGGAAGUAUCAAAUUGUGGGAUGGUGUGUCAAAUCGAUGCAUAAAUACUUUUGUAAAAGCACACGAUGGUUAUGAAGUAUGUUCAGUGACUUUCACAAGAAAUGGAAAGUAUUUACUAUCAUCGGGGAAAGACUCUUUGAUUAAAUUAUGGGAACUGUCUACUAGCAGAUGUUUAAUAGCGUACACAGGUGCUGGAACUACAGGCAAACAAGAACAUAAAGCUCAAGCUAUUUUUAAUCAUACCGAGGAUUAUGUAAUGUUUCCCGACGAGGCAACAACAUCAUUGUGCGCAUGGAAUUCUCGAAACGCAUCUAGGAAACAAUUACUAUCACUAGGACACAAUGGUCCAGUGAGAUUGAUCGUUCACUCUCCAACCGCUCCAGCAUUCUUAACGUGCAGUGACGAUUUCAGAGCAAGAUUUUGGUUCAGAAGAAUGCCGACUCAUUAGAUCGGCAUUUAUACAAAAACGAAUGCCCGUUGUGAACUGUCUUGAACUUAAAUUUGGUAAUAUAACUUUAGACGUGAUUGUCACGGUAGCAGUCGUUUGGAACAUUGAAAGAAAAGUAUCGGAUAAUGAUAAUGAUGGAAAAAACUGUACAAAAAAAAUCUUCAACGAUCAGAUGUUUAAUUGCCAUGCCCUGAAACGAUGUUAAACAACGAUACGCCCUAAUUUUAUAUCAUUGUACAUAUUCAUUCCGCUCUGCUUGUUUUUGAAGUAAAAAGACAACAAUGUCGGUUUGUUUUGAUAUCUA